UCUGUUUCUCGCGAUUUCUCUAGUAACUUCUAGUUUCGAAGUUAAGAGAAGUCUCUAUCUUUCGAGAUGAAUCCCCUUUCCUUUUAAAACAUACAUCUCCUGCCUCCUUGCUUCCUCGCAAAAAAAUCACAAAGCUUUUAUAAAACAGAGAAACAAGAACAAGAGCGUUACUGAUUCAUUGAAGAAAAGCUCCACACUUUUCAUAUCUUUAAGAAACUAACAAGAUGAAUCCUGAGAAGUUCACACACAAGACAAACGAGACUAUCGCAGCUGCUCACGAGCUAGCAGUAAACGCAGGACACGCUCAGAUCACUCCCCUGCACUUAGCCGGCGCGUUGAUCUCCGACCCUUCAGGUAUCUUCCCUCAAUCCAUCUCCAGCGCCGGCGGCGAGAACGCAGCUCAGUCAGCGGAAAGAGUGAUCAACCAAGCUUUAAAGAAGCUCCCCUCGCAGUCUCCUCCACCAGACGACGUUCCCGCUAGCUCGAGCCUCAUCAAAGCGAUACGCCGCGCUCAAGCCGCUCAGAAGUCACGCGGCGACACACACUUAGCCGUGGACCAGCUUGUCAUAGGCCUCCUCGAAGACUCUCAGAUCAAGGAUCUGUUGCAAGAAGUUGGCGUUGGGGCGGCGAAGGUUAAGUCAGAGGUCGAGAAGUUGCGUGGGAAGGAAGGCAAGAAGGUGGAGAGCGCUUCGGGGGAUACAAACUUCCAAGCGUUGAAGACUUACGGAAGAGACUUGGUCGAAGAAGCUGGGAAGCUAGAUCCAGUCAUCGGUCGUGACGAGGAGAUUAGAAGAGUGGUUAGGAUCCUCUCGAGGAGAACCAAGAACAACCCUGUCCUUAUCGGAGAGCCAGGUGUAGGGAAAACAGCUGUCGUCGAAGGCUUAGCUCAACGGAUCGUCAAAGGAGAUGUCCCCAACAGUCUCACCGACGUUAGAUUAAUAUCUCUAGACAUGGGAGCUUUGGUCGCUGGUGCUAAGUACAGAGGAGAGUUUGAAGAAAGACUAAAAGCUGUGUUGAAAGAAGUCGAGGAAGCUGAAGGGAAAGUGAUUCUCUUUAUCGACGAGAUUCAUUUGGUUUUGGGAGCUGGGAAGACCGAAGGGUCUAUGGACGCUGCGAAUCUGUUUAAGCCUAUGUUGGCUAGAGGUCAGCUGCGUUGCAUUGGCGCCACGACGCUUGAGGAGUAUAGGAAGUACGUUGAGAAAGACGCUGCCUUUGAGAGAAGGUUUCAGCAAGUGUAUGUGGCUGAGCCGAGUGUGGUUGAUACUAUUAGUAUUCUGAGAGGGCUUAAGGAGAAGUACGAGGGGCAUCAUGGUGUUCGGAUCCAAGACAGAGCUCUUAUCAAUGCUGCUCAGCUCUCUGCUCGUUACAUCACUGGUCGGCAUUUACCGGACAAAGCAAUUGAUUUGGUGGACGAGGCUUGUGCCAACGUGAGAGUCCAGCUCGAUAGCCAACCUGAGGAGAUAGACAACCUUGAGAGGAAGAGGAUGCAGCUGGAGAUUGAACUACACGCCUUGGAGAGGGAGAAAGACAAGGCCAGCAAAGCUCGCCUUGUGGAGGUGAGGAAAGAGCUCGAUGACUUGAGGGACAAGCUACAGCCUCUGACGAUGAAGUACAGAAAGGAGAAAGAGAGGAUAGACGAGAUCAGGAGGCUAAAGCAAAAGAGAGAAGAGCUCAUGUUUGCUUUACAGGAGGCGGAGCGUAGAUACGAUCUUGCAAGAGCUGCUGACUUGAGAUACGGAGCGAUUCAAGAAGUGGAGUCUGCGAUAGCUCAGCUCGAAGGAACCUCUGAUGAGAACAUGAUGCUGACCGAGAACGUGGGGCCUGAACAUAUAGCUGAGGUUGUGAGCAGGUGGACUGGGAUUCCGGUGACGAGGCUUGGUCAGAACGAGAAGGAGAGGUUGAUUGGUCUUGCUGAUAGGUUGCACAAGAGAGUUGUGGGACAAGAUCAAGCGGUGAGUGCGGUCGCUGAGGCUAUUUUGAGGUCGAGAGCGGGGCUUGGAAGGCCGCAGCAGCCGACUGGUUCGUUCUUGUUCCUUGGUCCGACCGGUGUGGGUAAGACUGAGCUUGCUAAGGCUCUUGCUGAGCAGCUGUUUGAUGAUGAGAACCUUUUGGUUAGGAUUGAUAUGUCUGAGUAUAUGGAACAGCACUCUGUCUCUCGCUUAAUCGGUGCACCACCUGGCUAUGUUGGUCAUGAGGAAGGAGGACAGCUAACUGAAGCUGUGAGGAGACGUCCUUACUGUGUAAUACUCUUUGAUGAAGUGGAGAAAGCCCACGUUGCUGUUUUCAACACGUUGCUCCAAGUGUUGGACGAUGGUAGAUUGACAGACGGUCAAGGGAGGACGGUGGACUUCAGGAACUCGGUGAUAAUCAUGACGUCGAACCUCGGCGCAGAGCAUCUUCUCUCGGGGCUGACUGGUAAAGUGUCUAUGCAAGUGGCUAGAGAAUGUGUGAUGCAGGAGGUGAGGAGACACUUUAGGCCAGAGCUGCUGAACAGGCUUGAUGAGAUUGUGGUGUUCGAUCCACUUUCGCAUGAGCAGCUGAGGAAAGUGGCGAGGCUUCAGAUGAAGGAUGUUGCUGUCAGGCUUGCUGAGAGAGGUGUUGCUUUGGCAGUUACUGAUGCUGCUUUGGAUUAUAUCCUGGCAGAGAGUUAUGAUCCUGUGUAUGGUGCUAGGCCAAUAAGGAGAUGGAUGGAGAAGAAGGUGGUGACGGAGUUGUCAAAGAUGGUUGUGCGUGAGGAGAUUGAUGAGAACUCAACUGUUUAUAUAGACGCAGGCAGUGGUGGGUCUGAUCUUGUGUACCGUGUUGAGAAGAAUGGAGGGCUGGUGAAUGCAACUACAGGGAAGAAGUCGGAUGUGUUGAUUCACAUUGCUAAUGGGCCAAAGAAAAGUGAUGCAGCUCAGGCGGUGAAGAAGAUGAGGAUCGAGGAAGUAGAUGAUGAUGAAGAGAUGGUUGAGGACUAAAGCCUUGAGUUCCUUUAAAGAGUUUGCAAUGUUGUUCUUUGAGUUGUUGUAACUUGAUCCUCUGUGGAAUUGGAAGAGACUCGUAUUCUGCUUUGGUUUUUGGUUUGGCUUUUGGUUAGACUUUAAAAAGUCAAAAUGGUGUGAAGAUGUAAAAAGUCUACUUGUAAUAUGUUUUCAACCUUUUAAAGAGAAAUAAGUUUAUGCAUAAAA